CUCGAAGAAGACCUAAGACUGUCAGACAGUGAUGACCAAGGAAGCGACAUUUUAGCUGGUGGACAGGAGCAGCUGGAUCGGGAUACAUUGGCUCCUAAUAUCGCCACUUUAGCACAUCCAGCUGGUCUCCUGCCGACUCCACGACUUGAGUUCAUGCCUGCGCCCGCACAAAUUGGCUCCAGUGAUGAUAUGGUUAUUGAUAACGACAGUGAUGAACAACCGGAACCGAUAAGUAUUGAGUCUCAACAGCAGGCCAUCGCUUCAAGCGGGAUAUUUCGUCUUGGUGCCGCCAUUGCUGAUGAUGAUCCCACACAUUUAGGCUUUGCUGCCCGACCAAAUCGAGGCCUGGCUCAUUUAGAAAAUGGGGAAUGCCCAAGUGUGGAGGAUAGAUUGUUAUCCUUAUCGCACUCCAAUCACUUGGCAUCUGAUAUUUCUAAUCCGUCACUGACAAGUUCUGGUAUGCUUUGCCAAGUCAACGAGGAGACACUUGAUUUAGAUCGCCAAUUAUCCCGUCUCCGUCAGACGGUGAAUGCUAGAACUCAACACGAUUCCAUCUUGAAUGCCGGUCGCCAAACUGACAAACAGGCCGAUACUGUACUCCGGAUUCGUCACUUGAUGCCUACCACGCCUCCAUCUCCCUCACCACCAUCCUUACCCUCCUUGCCAUCCCUACCAACUUCACCACUGCUUCCUUCCUCCGGUCCCGGUACCCAUGGCUCUUGUUUUGGGACCUUUGAUAAAUCCAAUGCUCCAUCAACGUUUUCAAAAAAUGACCUAGCUGUCGUUCGACAGGAACCUUACUUGCCUCCACCGCCGCCGCCACCACCGCCACCGCCACCGCCAUUGCCCCUGUCCACUCUUAUGCUCAGCAGGCCUACGGUAGCGCAUAUGACUUACUCGGAUGAGCAUUCUAGCCCAUCAAACCAAUCUGAAACCGAUUUGCUGGCCAAUAGGCGCUCGGCUGUACUCGAGCCUCGCGACCGGCUACCAGCGCUCUUGAAGACGCCUGUAGGGACUUACCGGGAAUCCCUUGAUGUAUCUGACAUCCGAACGAGGUGA